CGCGGCGCGCCUUCUCCCUCCCUCCUGUCACCGCCUCUCCCGCGCCUCCAUUCGGCUCUGCCGAGCGCUGCCCGCGCCGCGCCGCCGCCGCCCGAUAGAGCCCCGCCGCCCGUCAAGGAGAGGAGAGCACGGGAGAGGGAAGGACCCUCCCUUCGCCGCGAACUCUCUUCCUUCUCUUCCUCCUCCUCCGCCUCCUUCUCCUCCUCCUCCGCCUCCGCCUCCCGGCCGGGAAGAACUCGCCGUGCCCGCAGCAGCCCCGCUGGAUGCACUGAGCGCUCGGGCGCGGGAAGAGGGGCAGCCGAGGGAGCCGGGAGCCCCGCCGCUGAGGCGCUGCGCUGCCCGGAGGCUCACGGCCAUCUCCUUGAAUUCUUUCCUUCGCCCCCCGCCCGCCGGUAGCUGGCUUCGCCCCUGCCUCCUCCUCCUCCUCUCCGCCCGCGGGAGCCGGCCGAGGCGGCGGCGGGGGCUGCAUUCUCUCCCCCUUUUCCCCCCCCCCCUUUUUUUUUUUAUUUUUAAUUUAAUUUUUUAAAUUUUUCGCCGCCGCCAUGGGAUGUACCUUGAGCGCCGAGGAAAGAGCCGCCCUGGAGCGGAGCAAGGCCAUCGAGAAGAACCUGAAGGAGGACGGGAUCAGCGCCGCCAAAGAUGUGAAACUCCUCCUGCUCGGGGCCGGAGAGUCGGGGAAAAGCACCAUCGUGAAGCAAAUGAAGAUCAUCCAUGAGGAUGGCUUCUCUGGAGAAGACGUGAAGCAGUACAAGCCAGUGGUCUACAGCAACACUAUACAGUCACUGGCAGCGAUUGUACGUGCCAUGGACACCUUGGGCAUUGAAUACGGUGAUAAGGAGCGACGGGCUGAUGCCAAGAUGGUCUGUGAUGUUGUAAGUCGCAUGGAGGACACAGAGCCCUUCUCUCCAGAGCUGCUGUCGGCUAUGAUGAGACUCUGGGCAGACUCUGGGAUCCAAGAAUGCUUCAACCGGUCCCGAGAAUAUCAACUUAAUGACUCGGCCCAAUAUUACCUAGACAGCUUAGAUCGAAUUGGAGCUGCAGACUACCAGCCCACGGAGCAGGAUAUCCUCCGAACCAGGGUCAAAACAACUGGCAUCGUAGAAACCCACUUCACAUUCAAAAACCUCCACUUCAGGCUCUUCGAUGUUGGGGGCCAGCGGUCAGAACGCAAGAAGUGGAUUCACUGCUUUGAGGAUGUUACAGCGAUCAUUUUCUGUGUUGCGCUGAGUGGCUACGACCAGGUGCUCCAUGAAGAUGAAACCACGAACCGCAUGCAUGAAUCAAUGAAGCUUUUUGACAGCAUCUGCAACAACAAAUGGUUCACAGACACAUCUAUCAUCCUCUUUCUAAACAAGAAGGACAUAUUUGAGGAGAAAAUUAAGAAAUCUCCACUGUCUCUCUGCUUUCCUGAGUAUACAGGCCCAAACUUAUUCACGGAGGCGGUGGCUUACAUCCAGGCUCAAUACGAGAGCAAGAACAAGUCCACCAACAAGGAGAUCUACACGCACAUCACCUGCGCCACUGACACCAACAACAUCCAGUUCGUCUUCGACGCCGUCACAGAUGUCAUCAUCGCCAACAACCUGCGGGGCUGCGGACUCUACUAAAACACCCUCCUCCUUCCCUCCUCCCCUCGCACCCGCCAGGAGCAUCCUCCGGUCCUGCGGACAGGUCCUCUCUCUUUCUUCUUUUUCCUCCUCAGAGGAUGAUGAGGAAGAAAUCCAUAAAUCACUCCUUCUGUCCCAGAAAACUUUGCAGCAAGUUCUACUUUCCCCAGCCCCAGUUUACUUUGGUUUGGUUUAUUUUUCGUUCGCUCCCUUGCUGCCUCUCUCUACUCCUCCGUCCCAAUUCACAAUGCUGUAGAGGGAGCUAACGCAUUGCCCACAAAGUGCAUUUCAACCGCCAAAUGCCAAAAAUACUUCAGUUUAAAAAAAAAAAAAAAAGAAAGAAACAAAGCCUUAAAAUACUGGUCAGCAACAGUCUAGUUUGGAACCGAAACUUCUUUUUUCCUUGAAAUUAGGGGAUAUUUUUGAUUCUGGUUAUUUAUAUACUUUUUUUUUUAACACUAUUUCUUUGGGAAGUGCUAGACGCAAUAUGAUCAUUUUGAGGGUAGCUUAUGGCUCCAGUUCCUAUCCAAAAGCCAGAGGGGUUGGUGUUGAAUGCAGCCACCACAGCUUGGAUUUGUAUAUUCUCCUUUUUUCCAGACAGCUAUUUGAACAAGUGAAACAGCCAUAUUGAGUUCUGCUGGUGUCUGAGUAAGAGGGACACAGUAACAAAACUUACUAAGCCUUGUCCAAAAGCAUUCAUUGUCGAUAACAGUUUUACCUCAAGUUUUUCUAAAUUAAUGUUAAAAUAUGUCUAGUGGUUUCAGUAACCCAUUUCUGAGGAGCUUUGGUGGAUGCCACAGAGCUGCUGGACAGUGGCAGCUGGUCUUGGACCCCUGGAGCAUAGGCAGCAAGGAUGCUCUAUAGAUUGCAUCCUGAUGGGGACCCCAUGCACAGGGAUGCCAGCUGGAGACCCAGGACCUUUCCCAAAGCACCUCCCAGCCUAAGUGAUUCCAGCACAACCAAUGCUCCUGCAGACACGCAGCAUCUCUUUCCAAACUUCAGCCCUGAAACGCUGGGGUGCACCAAAAAUAUUUAGCCCUGGCUUCUUGUAGGCAGAGUUUGACCUUCAAGUAGCUGAAAUGCAGAGAGGUGCUUUCGGAAACCUCACCAUGCUUAGGUGACAGCAAGGCGUGCUUUUUAUCACAAGCCUUGCAGCUUUUUAUCACAUCUAAAUACCCUUGAGAAGCCUGACCUUGCACUCUGAUCCUUCCUGGCUGAGCAGAAUCAGGUAGCUUGCCUGUGUCAUCUCCUGCCUGGGCAUCCAAGAGAGACAGCUCCAGGUUUGGUGCCUCCAGUCAGGGCAUCCCUUCAUCAAUAUCUAAAGUGAGAGGGAUGGUUUAUGCUGGCCAUGUAGUAACAAGGGAGGACUCAGGGAGCUGAUCUGAGCCAAGUGGUGGAGCAGGAAGGAAAAGUGCAAGAAAGAGAGGGAAGGGAGGAAGAAAGGGCUAGGGGAGAGGUGUGGAAAUGGCAAGGGUAGUGCCCAGCACAGCCAAAUGUGGGGAUAUAAGGACAAACAUGGCUGGGCUGAGGUACGUGUGGCCAUCUGCCUGCCAUCACCAAGAGCUUUGGUACUGUUGGGGUGAAGGUGGAGGGAAGUGUGAGAGGUGGGGUGUCACCUCUGGGAGCAUGGAGGGACCCUUAGAAGUCCACCAUGAGAGCUUGUUUGGUGUCUGGGUGGGACAGCCACCUCCAAGGUCCCACUCAGAGCCUACCUGCACAUGGAGGCAGAUAGGCAAUGUUGAUCCCUGCCUCUUCUUUGCCUCUCUUACACUCCAUGAUCCUGGAAAACGUGAGUCUUUCCAGGCCAGCUGCAAGUUCAUCUGUCUUCUCUUGGGAGCUUGAGUUAGGGGUAUCCUUCAGGUCUCAGGAGGUCUGAGUUUUCUUCAGUGCCUAAGAGGGACAAUAUCUCUUUUCUCGCUGUGCCCCUCUAGGAGAGAUGGUGUGAGAGCAGCCCAAAGCAGCACAGCCCAAAGGCAAGGGGCCAGAUGAGCGUCAGUGUGUGGGAGGCAGGGAAAGGCGCAGGUAUGGUGGCACUGGAUGGAGAGGACCAGCAUGAGAAGUUGGGAUGGGGGAUGGUUUUGGAGAGAAGUUGCAGAAGGGAGAUGAGGCAGGUUGAGGCAUCAGGAGAGCAGGAAGAGAAGGGAGCCAGAGGAGAGUCGCUGUCAGAUUGGACUCUGCCAGGACGCUGCUCGUGGGAUAUCUUGACAAAACCCCAGCGAAGAAGGUGAGGGGGAGCACCCUGGGGCUCAGGGGUGGCCUGCAGAGGAAAACAAGGUGGCUUUCACCCUGUAACCAUCUCACAGCCAGCAUAGUUGGCAGCUGUGUCAGUAACCUCCUAAAUAGCAUGAAGUGACAAAACUCUCUUCAGUGUUAUACAGUGAGGGCCCACUGCUGCUCUGCUGGACACUAACGGCAAUAACACCAGGUCUCUGCCUCCCCUGCUCGGCACAACUGAGUACAGCCUUUCUCUUCACCAUCUCAGCCUUAAGAUACCUCCAGUGGCAUUAGCUCCCACAGAGAACUGUCCAGCCAGCAAAGCUAGGAGUCCCUCUGCUCCUCACGCCACAUCCUGCCUGCACGUCUUGUUUUCCCAGGUCCCAGCCCCUCUCCCAGCUCCAUUUAGUGCCAGCAUACUGCUGUACCACCAUAAACCAUAAACCAAAGGAACACUGAACACAAGGCCUGCACGUGUCAUUGUAUUUGGUUUAGCUCAGGAAGUGUCAGUGGUAAGGUUUUCCAAAGAAAGGAUUCCCAAUAGGAAGCACCUGCCCAGUUGCCUGGUUCCUUGGAAGGGACCAGCCAACGGCAAUGGGGUAGAGCUUCUGCCACAGGAGAGGCAGGGAGUUAGCUGCAGAGGGAUGGGGAUGCUCCUGGAGCUUGUCCCAUGUUGGUGGCCGGGUCCCACCAGUCACGCCUAGCAUCCCAAUGUGCUCUGGGUGUCAAAAUGAGGGCUGAAAAGCUGCAUAUUGGUUACAUUUGGUACUGUCCUGGGUUUGGCUGUCCUUCCUAGUAGCUGGUGCAGUGCUGUGUUUUGGCUUUAGGCUGAGAACAAUGCUGAUAACACACCAAUGUUUAGUUGUGGCUCAGUAGCGCUUACCCCAAUCAAGGACUUUUCACUCUCUCAUGCUCUGCCAGUGAGGAGGGGCACAAGAAACCAGGAGGAAGCAGAGAUAGGACACCUGAUCCAAACUAGCCAAAGGGGUAUUCCAUACCACAGCGCGUCGUGGCCAGUAGAGAAACUGAGGGAAGUUACCCGUAAGGGACCAAUCGCUGUUGGGUUCAGGCUGGGUAUCAGUCAGCGUGGUGGUGAGCAAUUGUAUUGUGCAUCACUAGGGUUUAUUGGGUUUUUUCCUUUCACUUUUUAGUUUAUAUUCUCUUCCCUUGUUAUUUCCCUUAUCAUUAUUAUUAUUACUGGUGGUAGUGCUAGUAGUUUUGUAUUAUACUUUAGUUAUUGGACUGUUCUGAUCUCAACCCGUGGGAUUUACAUUCUUUUGAUUCUCCUCCCCAUCCUGCUGGGAGUGGGGGGAAAUGGGGAGUGAGCGAGCAGCUGUGUGGUGCUGAGUUACCGGCUGGGCUUAGACCACGACAGUCCUUUUCGGAAGUUCCCUGCCCCAGCCAGGGAGGGUCCCACAUUGAGCACCAAAAGCACAAGUGACACACGAUCAGUAAGUGCUACGUAACAACUAAACCAUUAGUGUGUUAUCAGCAUUGUUGUCAGACUAAAGCCAAAACACAGCACUGCACCAGCUACUAGGAAAAAUAACUGUCACAGCUGAACCCAGGACAGGUACAUAAAGUGUAUGUAACUGCUAGACCCAGAGUGCAGUGCUUGUGCUGGCAGUGAGGCAGGUAUUAUGUUAAGCUCUGUCAGAAGAGUUCGAUCAUUAGCACUGGAAUUUUGGAGAUUUCCUGUUCCCACCCCUUGCUGUGGCUGACAUUUUAUCCAAGCAAAUAAGUAACAGAAGCUGUUCCCAGCGCAGGCAGCACCAAGCCAAGGCUUCAGGACUUCCCAGCAUAGAGCACACAGGAAUAUUUUGGUAAAGAUAAUUUAAAUUAACUCAACCCCAAACUCUGCCAGAUGCUACCAUGUCACCAGUGCCAGCUCGGAGUGCCGGUGCUGUGCUCCAGGCUGGAUUCAGGUAAUCCAUGCCUGGCCGUUCUGGCUGAGAGGUCCAACCCUCUCCAGAGAAAAGGGAGAAAAAGAGGAGAACAUGUUGCCACACAAAGCUUUUUCUGUCAUUUUCUUUGGCAUAUUGUGUGCCUAAAGCUUAAUUUCAGCUGCUGCUGCUGACAUUCCCUCCCUCACACAAGUGUCAUGAGGAUUCACUGACAUAGGCUGGAAGCAACAUUUGGAAGAUGAAAUGCUUCCAGUGUUAAACACUACUAUUUCUCCCACUUGAUGGUCGUGUACAGAUUUUUGUCUUCAGAAUGCCUGCCAAAGCAUUACUCACUGCUGGCUUUCUGCAUGCUCCUAAGCCUUCUCUGACAGAUGUGCCUUCUGCAGGCAAUCUUUUGCCCUGUGCUUUUCCUAAGUACCAGCAACAAUCCUUGCAGCAGUUGCCUAGAAAGAAGACCUUGGAAUACAUUGCCUGCUUUCAAAAGCCCUUUUCUUAAUGGCCCCUUAUGCUUUGCAAUCAGGAUUCUCUGAAUCCAGACCCUCAGAGGCCCUGAGUUGUAUUUAAUUUGCAGUCUCCAUGUAGCAGGGAUGUUGCAACCGGCACAGCUGCAUCAGAAAUCAUACCAGGGCAUAGGGAAUGUGUUUUAAAAGCACAGAAUUUAAAUAGCUGUAUAUACACCCUGCUGCCCUUCAAAGCUAAUGUGGGAAAUUGCAAAAGAUGCCCUUUUUGGAAUGCAGAAGGUUUUUAAUGACUUGGUUUUUAAUGACUUUAAUGCAUUUAAGAAAAAAAAAACCCCACCAACUAUUCCUUUAUUUGAACAACUAUUCAAUUUAAAUCAUAGAGAAACCUGUAGAAGGAAAGCCUGGAAACAAGCCCAUAGAUGAGGCUUCAGGGUUGAGCUGUAGAGCACUGCUCCUUGGGAGGAUGCAGAAGCUGGCUUGUCUGGAGAACUAGCAAUAAAAAGCACACAUUAAAAUAGAGUCACACACUUCAAAGGCCAGAUCUUGCUCAGCAAACAGAGCUCACAGCCUGGUUCUCACCCGGGGCUGAGGGGCCCGGCAGAGCGGCAGGGCAGUGGGAACACUCGGCCAGGCCACCUGGCCCCUCCGUCUGCUCGCACCGUGCUGUCCCCGCUGCCCCUGCCCUCCCGCAGGGCCCAUUGGCUUCCCACCACCACCCUCCCAGAAACACCGCCAGCUAAAUCUCUCUAAGGAGUUUUGUAUCAGAAUUAGCUCCUUGCCUUCAGCUUUCCUAGCCGGCCAGCCACCCUGUCCCUCCACACUGGGGGGAGCAGCCUUGGGAGGAGGCUGCCGUGUUUCCUCGGUAGGUGUGAUUUAGUUUUACAGGACACUAAAAGUAUUAAUGACAGCAGUCAUACUGUAAUGUACAUUGAAAUGUAUCUGGUGGUUUUAAUCUAUUGUGGCAUAGGCCCAGUGCUUGCCUGCAAGGGAACAGGCUUUGUUCUUGGGCCAGGAAUGCAAUCCCAGGAGGUUAGGAUGGAACACAGGUGUCCUUUUGCCAAAACAUCCCCUUGUGCCCAGUCGCUGCUUGACAAGGCGCAGGGUUCAGCUGCGGGUGGCAGACAUCACCCACAGGGCAUUUUGCAGUUGAUGCUGUAAAAGGGACCAGCCCUGCACUAGUAGCCUGUGUAGCGGGUCUGAGCAAUUUGUGGCCAAAAAAGCUCCUGGAGCUAGGGAGAGUUGCUGAGUUCCUGGGAACAAGGCUGACUGUUUGUCAAGUCGAUUAGAGAAGCUUAGUACUAGUGUAUUUGUGUCUUUGUCAUGGGCCAGGUUUGUCUUCAGGCUUACAACCAAAAACUCCACCACCAUUUCCAAGGAGACUAAAACACUCGUUACAGUCUGAUGCCAGAUGCACCAAGGUCAAUGGAGAUGAUGCUACUAAGCAUCAUCCUGGACCACCCACACCUGGGGAUACACACUUGUAUCCCCAACGCACACACAAGAGAGCAGAGAUGUUGUCCAGGUGGCACAAAAGAGCAGACCACAGUCUUGCCUCCACCAUUCUGGAGGAGAGACCAGACAGAAACACUCUCCCCAAGCACCCCGAGACUUGAGUGUCCAUUAUAAUCUCUGAGCUCCUGCAAUGACACAGGUAACUGAUGCUGGCAGAUACAGGUACGUGACCUAUAUCAGAUGUUAUGCUGAGAACGUGACUAUGGAAAGGGACUUCUCACAGGACCACUCACAUCCAAAUCAGCAGCCUGUGAGACCUUUAUUUGUGCUGCAAAAGCUAGCUGGCAAACACAAGCGUGAGCCUUAAGCACUGAUGUGUUAAUAAGAGGAGGAGGACCAAAGCCUCCCAGAUAGCACCGUGCAGGCAGAGGGAGAGGGGAGGGAGCUGGAGAUAGGGCAAAACCAUCUCCCAGAGAGGACAGCCCAGUUCUCCUUGGGCAAAUCCUGAUUGUCCCGUAGUGCACGCAAGUGAUUCCAGGACUAAACCCCCUGUUCCAGGUGGGGAGAGGAGAUCAUAGUGAGUAACAACAUGAUUUUCAGCAUUGCCUGAGUCUCACCAGCUUUGCCAGUGCAGAAGCAACCCUGUGGCGCUCAAAUAGGGUUGUUUAAAGACCAACCAUUGCCACAUUAAAUAGCCCAGUCCCUAAUUUAACAUCCUCACCCCUACUUCCCCACCUCCCUUUCCCCCUUUUCAGCUCGACAAGUGACUAUCACCCUGCCUCCCCAUCACAUUUCUUCCCAAAGGAUCGCCGGAGGCUGCCACCAUUUUCCUUUUGCUGGUUUCCCGCUGAACCAUUUCUCCUGCAUGUUUGAUGGCCCAAACUAUUAACUGUAAUUUUGUACGAAGAGUGACUGUCCAUGGGUUUAAUAGAGCAUUAGUUACUGUAAUAAUUUAUUGGCUGUCCGUAAUGUAUUUAUUAGUUACAAAACCUUAAUAAAGUGCCAGCUCUUUUCUAGUGUGA